CGGGCGACCCCGUUUCCCGAGUGUAGACCACGCCACCGCCCGUGCCCGCGCCCACAGGACCUCUGAGGAGUCAGUCGUCGUUUCUCUGCCGCGUCUACAGUACAUAAGUCGUGCGUGCGCUGCAUUCCGUCCCCUAGAAGAACGAGUGCAAUGGCCAAGGGGCGCCCCAGCGUGCUGCUGUUUCUGUUUUCACUCACUUUCCUGCUGGUCCACACGCUGCCGUAUGAGCCUAAUGCGAAGUACAACGGAUGGCAGGUGAAGCAAGUGAGGCUGGACGACGGGUCUCCGGAAGCGCUUGUUCAAGAGUUCUACGACCUUGAAGAUCCAAACUUGCUACAGGUUCUCCGAGUCAGCAGAGUGCAAGACGAAACAGACUUCGGCUUGGCAGAAAUAGCCGUAGCACCGACUUAUGAGGAAGAAUUCACGAACGCGUUAACUGCGAAGGGCCUCAAUUAUACGACUGCCAUCACAGAUCUCGCCACGAAACUAUCUAUGGACGAGCCGUCCCUGCGCAGAGCCGAUCUGCUCCGCGGCGUUGCCACGUUCGAGCGCUUUAUGAGUUUCGAGGAGAUCCAGGCGCACGUGGAGGAGCUGCCGAACCAGUAUCCGGGGCAGGUGAAGGUGCGGGAGCUGGACCGCACCACCGAGAAUCGGCCCAUCUACUUGGUGACCAUCCACAGCGGUUCCAGCAAGAAGAGUCCCGUGAUCUUCGUGGACGGAGGUAUGCAUGCCCGCGAGUGGGCGAGCCCUGCGGCAGCACUGUUCCUGGUGGGCCAUCUGCUGGAGUCGCCGGCCCUCACGCGCGACGUCGAGUGGCGCAUCGUUCCGGUCCUCAACCCCGACGGAUACGUGUAUUCAUGGACCACCGAUCGCAUGUGGCGCAAGAAUCGAGGCGCGACGAGGUCGCUCCUCUGUACGGGCGUCGACAUCAACCGGAACUUCGAUUACCACUGGGGAGAGUCGGGGUCCAGCAAACAACCCUGCUCCUCCAUCUACCAGGGGAUGACGCCGUCCAGCGAACCCGAGACGAACGCCUUGAUAAGCGCUGUCCUGGAGGUGAAGAGAAGGGUCAAGGCCUACGUAUCUCUCCACGCCUACGGGCAGUACAUCCUAUAUCCAUGGGGGUAUCGCAGGACCACGCCUAAGAAUAGCGCUGAAUUGUCGGGGUCCAGCAAACAACCCUGCUCCUCCAUCUACCAGGGGAUGACGCCGUCCAGCGAACCCGAGACGAACGCCUUGAUAAGCGCUGUCCUGGAGGUGAAGAGAAGGGUCAAGGCCUACGUAUCUCUCCACGCCUACGGGCAGUACAUCCUAUAUCCAUGGGGGUAUCGCAGGACCACGCCUAAGAAUAGCGCUGAAUUGGAGGAGGUUGGCCAAGGGAUGGCGGAGGCAAUACGCAAGGCUCAGGGGAAAGUCUUUGCUGUUGGGAGCAGUGCAAAGCUCCUUUACCCUGCCGCAGGAGCCUCGGACGACUGGGCGCUGGGCGUGGCCAAAGUGCCCCUAUCCUACACCCUGGAGCUGCGGGACGAGGGCGCGGCCGGCUUCGUGCUUCCGCCGAACCAGAUCAUUCCCGCAGCGAACGAGGCGUGGGCGGCCAUGAAGUACCUCGGCGAGUACGUGGCCAAGCAGGAGGCCCCAAGGCAGGAGGCCCUAGUGCGGGAUGGCGGCUUCGCUGCGCCCGCCGUCGAGCAAAGCGGUGCGCCCGGCAUCCGCACGGCAGAUCCCAUGUUACCCAUGUUUCUCGAUGGCUUCGCCGACCGCGAUGACAGCGAAAGCAACGAGAGCGACAGCACGGAAGAAAGCUUCAGCGAUGAGGCGUUCUAGGGCGAAGGUCUCCGCGCCAGUGUCUGUGACCUCCGAAUUAUUGCCAUUCAAGAAAAGUGAUAACGUAAUGUGAACAAGAACACAUACACACGUAAAUAUGCAUGCAUAUACAUAUAUAAUGACACACACACACGCACGCACACACACACACACACACACACACACACACACACACACACACACACACACACACACACACACACACACACACACACACACACACACACAUACACACACACACACACA